AUGCACAAGAAUACACAGGUUGAGGACUUUAUACGAUGGAUUGACGGUGCACAACCGAAGACAGGUUUCUCCCUGCUACGUAUCGCCACCAAUGUUGGUAAAGGUGGUCGUGGGUUAGAAUUUCCUCCAGCGAAAUUUGUUUGGGCCUGGUGUUCCAUCAAUUCCCGAUGUGUCUAUUGUCCACUGACCUCAUUUGAUCAAGAACGACCGGAGCGGUUUACAAAGCAUUUGGAAAUCAAUACGGACACUCCGUGCUCAGAUCGCUGGUUGGAGAUGACAUCACACGGAACUUCAGAUGUGGCGCUCAUUCCAUUCUUUGACUUUUUGAAUCAUAAUCCUGGUGUGACUUGCCGACUGGUUGUAAACACUCCUGAGAGAAUGGUUCAACUGUUCGUGGAUCAACCGAUUUCCGCUGGUGAGCAGGUUUUCAUCAACUACGGUUCUCACGACAAUCUCACUUUGCUUCUGGAGUACGGGUUCAGCUUAAGCAUGGACGAAAACCCUAAUGAUGCUGUUUACCCGAGCUCUGCCGAUCUGGAAUGCGUUUUAUCCAUCUCCGAUGACAAUCGGUUGGACAGAAUCGUGUCCUUUCUGGACCUUACGGGAAUGGUUACCCAUGGUGCCUUGCGCAUUUGGUCUACUGUUUGUUUCACCCGAACCGGCCCAUCAUUGCACUUACUUCUUUUAUUACAUUUAAAUACCGUAAUUGAGAAUGCGAAUUGUUUGGACGAUGUAUUAUCACAAAUGGAUCGUAAUAAGUUAUACGAAAUGGAUGAAGAUAUGCUGUCUCAGUGCUUGCGUCCGUUUCUUCUCAGGCUACUCACCAGGCUCCAACAACAACAGGAUGUUGAUUACCAACGGGUACUGAACAAACGGCAACAUUUACCUUGCCAUUCCCUGUCUGCAUCCGAUUGUCUUCAGGCUUUAGAGCAAUUUCUAGUUUCUCGAAAAGAACUGUUGCAGAGGAUAGAGCUCGUUAUGUCUCAGGUAUCAUCAUGUCUGGAAUAA